AUGAAGGUUCUUGCCAUCUUGUACCACGGUUAUGCGGCGGCUGAGGCUGAAAGCCGCCUCUUGGGCACCGUCGAAAACAAGCUUGGAAUUGAAGAGUGGUUGACGUCUCAGGGCCAUGAAUUCAUUGGUGAGCAUCCCGCAAUACUCCUGCAAAAUAUAGUCUCUAGCAGCAAAGAGGGACCUGAUAGCGACUUCCAGAAGCAUAUCGUAGACGCCGAAGUCUUGAUUACUACACCGUUCCACCCGGGAUAUCUGACCAGGGAUCUGAUCGAAAAGGCUAAGAACCUCAAGAUCUGCAUUACGGCUGGUGUUGGCUCCGACCAUAUUGAUCUCAACGCUGCUGUUGACUAUAAGAUUCAAGUUUUGGAAGUGUCUGGAUCCAAUGUGGUGUCAGUAGCAGAACAUGUUAUCAUGAGCAUUCUCCUGCUCGUUCGCAACUUCGUACCGGCUCAUGAAAUGAUUGAACGUGGAGAUUGGCAGGUAUCCGAUAUCGCUCGAAACGCCUUCGACCUAGAAGGAAAAGUGGUGGGCACUAUUGGUGCUGGAAGAAUUGGUUACAGGGUUCUUCAAAGGCUUGUUCCCUUCGACCCUAAGGAACUAUUGUACUACGACUAUGCUCCCCUCCCGGCUGCUGCUGCUGAAAAGGUCAAAGCCCGCCGUGUUGAAGAUUUGAAGGAUUUCGUUUCCCAAUGCGAUGUUAUUACCGUCAACUGUCCCCUGCACGAGGGUACCAAGGGUCUGAUUAACGACGAUUUGUUGAGUCAUUUCAAGAACGGCGCUUGGCUAGUCAACACCGCUCGUGGUGCCAUUUGCGACAAGGAUGCUGUCGCCAGGGCAUUGAAGAGCGGCAAGCUUGCAGGCUACUCAGGUGAUGUCUGGAAUGUCCAACCGGCCCCAAAGGAUCACGUCUGGCGCACCAUGAAGAACCCCUUGGGAGGGGGAAACGGCAUGGUUCCUCACUAUUCCGGCACUACUCUCGACGCUCAAGCUCGCUACGCUUCGGGAACAAAGAGUAUCCUAGAAAACUAUCUCAACAACAAGCCACAGGAGCCUCAGAAUAUCAUCGUCGGGCUCGGAAAAUAUGAGACCAAGGCUUAUGGUCAGCGUUAA